AUGUCAGCUACAACAACUACAGCGACAGGAGCAGGAACAGCUAACCAACUUCUGGUUGUGGAUGGCGUUGUAUUAGCUCAAAUAUUCAAUGGAUUGAAAUCAACCAGAGAAGAAGAACGAACGAGAUAUGCACAAGAAUUAAGGAAUCAUCUAACUUCAAUUGCAAGAGAUUUAUCAUCAGAACAAUUCAAUAGAUACAAUAAUGACAUCAAUAAAGCUGUUUUUGAAUUAUUGCAUUGUGACGAGACUGCGGAAGUAUUGGGAGGUAUUGCUGCCUUGAAUGCGUUAAUUGAUUUUGAUUCUGGUGUAGGUAAAGAAAAUGCCAGUAAAACAGCUAGAUUCUCAAAUUAUUUAGGUCCAUUGAUCUUAUCUAAUGAUCUUAUAAUUAUGAAACAAGCGACAAAGACAUUGGGGAAAUUAGCAAGACUUGGUGGUAAUUUAACAGGAGAUUUCGUUGAUUAUGAAGGUAAAAGAGCAAUUGAGUGGUUACAAAGUGAUAAUAAACAACACGAACAUAGAAGACAUGCAGCUAUUUUGAUUAUAACUGCACUUGCUGAUAAUGCACCUACUUUAUUAUCACCCUUGAUUAAUCAAAUAUUGGAACAUUUAUGGGUACCCUUAAGAGACCAUAAAUUAAUUAUAAGGACAGAUGCAGCAAUUGCACUUCAGAAAUGUAUGGAUAUUAUUUACGACAGAGAUGUUAAUGCCCGAACAUUUUGGGUCAAGAGAAUGAUUGAACUGGCUUCGAGAUUACUUAAUGAAAAUGAUAUCAGUGAAUCUAAUAAUGAUAUGAGUGAUGGAGGAGUUGUUAGAAGUGGUAGUGGUGGUGGGAGCUAUUCAUUCUUAUCAUCAUCCUCACCACAAUCCAGCGAGAACAUCCAUGGGUCAUUAUUGGUUUAUCGUGAAUUACUUAGAUACUUUAAUGAUCCUUAUAUUGCAUCGAAAUUUGAACAAAUAUAUGAAAAUACUAUUUUGUACAAGCAUCAUAAAUUAGCCAUCAUAAGACAAGAAUUAACUAAUAUUUUCCCAUUAUUAUGUAAAGUCAAUCCAGAAUUAUUCGUGGAGAAAUAUCUUCAUAGAACAUUAUUUUAUUAUUUAUCACAACUUAAAAAAUACAAAGGACAGCACAAUGAAACUGCAAAUGCCGAUAAAAGUGCAAUAUUUAAAAGUAUAGGAUUAAUAGCAUUGGAUGUUGGAAAUCAAAUGGCUACUUAUUUGGAUGCAAUUUUGGAUAAUAUAAGAGAAGGAUUAUCAUAUUCUUCAAAUUCGGGUGUACAACUGAUUUUAGCAAAUGCAGUAUCAAAUGAAACUCCCAAUAUAAAUGCCAAUUCAAUGGCCAAUUUGACACCGGGAUCUAAAUAUACUGCAAGUAGGAAAGAAACAGAACCAGCUAUAUUUGAUUGUAUUGGGAAAUUAUCAAUUGCCGUGGGUCCUGCAUUGACAAAACAUUUACAACGAGAUAUUUUAGAUAUGAUGUUUGCCAAUUGUUCAUUAUCAAGACAUAUGCAAGAUGUUUUACAAACAUUAAUAACCAAUAUACCUACAUUAACCAAUCUCAUCAAUGAAAAAUUAUUGAAUUUAUUGAGCUUAGUACUAUCAGGAAAAGGGUUUCAACCACCCGGAUCUCCAUAUGGAACUAUAAGAGUUAAUCAUUCACUUGCAAGAGAUUGUAGAUUAAUCAUGAUUUCAAGAGAUAGUGGAUUAAGCAUCAAUAAUAUUUUAAAUAAUCAAGAACAAUAUGAAAGAUGGGAUAGCAGAAUUUUAGUGCAAGCUUUGGAAAUGUUGGCAUUUUUCAAAUUUGAGAAUUAUCAAUUGAAUGAAUUUGUAAGAUAUUGUACGAUUACAUAUUUGGAACAUCGUAGUCCGGAAGUCAGACUAACUGCAACUGUGACUUCAUGUGGAAUAUUUGUUAAAGAUCCAAUAUGUCAACAAAUCAGUGUUAAUGCUUUGAAUGCAGUGAAUGAAGUCUUGGGUAAGUUGCUUUCAAUUUCAAUUACUGAUCCUUCUCCAGAGAUUAGAUUACAAGGUUUAAAAUGCUUAGCUAAUGCAGGGAAUUUUGAUGCACAAUUAUCUCAAGCUGAUAAUGUCAGAUUAUUAUUCAUUGCUUUGAAUGAUGAAAUUUUUAGUAUCAGACAAGUCGCCAUUCGAAUUUUGGGGAGAUUAUCAUCGAUUAAUCCAGCAUAUAUUGUACCAUCUUUAAGAAGAACGUUGAUUCAAUUGUUGCAAAGAUUGGAAUAUUCUACAACCAGUAGAAGGAGAGAAGAAAGUGCCAUUUUAUUAGCAUUACUUAUUGGAAAUUCAAAGGAAUUGACCAGACCAUAUGUCAAACCAAUCGUGGAAGCAUUGUUACCAAAGGCAAAAGAUUUGACUUCAUCACUGGUUGCAUCUAGUGCCAUUAAUUGUUUAGGAGAAUUAGCAGUCGUGGGAGGUGAAGAUUUAAAGCCAUUUAUACCUGAUUUGAUGCCAUUAAUUUUAGAUACGUUCCAAGAUCAAAGUUCUUCAUAUAAGAGAGAUGCGGCUUUGAAAACAUUAGGACAGCUUGCCUCUUCAUCAGGGUAUGUUAUUCAGCCAUUAUUAGACUAUCCACAAUUGUUAGGUAUGCUUGUUGGAAUUUUAAAACUGGAAACAUCACCUAAGAUACGAAGAGAAACAGUUAGAUUAUUAGGGAUUUUGGGUGCACUUGAUCCAUAUAAAUAUCGAGAAGUUGAACAGAAUUCAAAAAAUAUCCCAGCUGAACAAAAUGCUCCUCCUAUUGAUGUGGCGUUGUUGAUGCAAGGGAUGUCUCCUUCCAAUGAAGAAUAUUAUCCAACUGUGGCAAUCACCAAUUUGAUGAAGAUUUUAAAAGAUCCAUCAUUAAAAGAACAUCAUACGAAAGUUAUUCAAGCGAUAAUGUACAUUUUUCAAACUUUAGGGUUAAGAUGUGUUUCAUUCUUACCUCAAAUUAUUCCAGGAAUUAUUAAUGUUAUGCAUACUUGUCAACCAUCAAUGUUGAAAUUUUAUUUCCAACAAUUAGGUGCCAUGAUAUUAAUUGUAAAACAACAUAUACGACCAUUUUUGAAUGAUAUUUUUGAAGUAAUAAAGGAAUUUUUCUGGAUGAAUUCUCAAUUAAAUAUCCAAGUGAUUAUCAUUGGUGUUAUUGAAUCUAUUUCUAAAGCUUUAGAAGGAGAAUUUAAGAUGUAUUUACCAGAUGUUUUAACUUUGUUGUUACAAGUCUGUGAUGGUGAUAAGUCAGAUAAUAGAGCUCCAGCAAUGCAUGUAUUGAGAAGUUUUGUUGUUUUUGGAAGUAAUAUUGAGGAGUACGUGGAUAUUAUUGUGCCUAAUAUUGUCAGACUUUUUGAAACAGGACCAAUUGAAUUAAGAAGAGCAGCAAUCGAGACCAUUGGUAGAUUAUCCAAGAAUGUAAUGUUGAAUGAUAUGUCAUCACGAAUUAUCCAUCCAUUGUUGAGAAUUCUUAGUCAAAGUAAUGAUGAAUUGAAGGAACCUGCAAUCAAUACUUUAAGCUAUUUAUUGAUUCAAUUAGGACCAGAGUUUGGUGUUUUCAUUCCUGUUAUUAAGAAGGUAUUGUUAGAACAAAAGAUCUAUGCACCAAAGUUUGAACAAUUAGUAGGAAAGCUUGUUAGCGGAGAUCCAUUACCACUCCAUUUGGAUAUUUAUAAAGAUUACGAUCAAAGCCAUUAUGAUGUUGCUGAUUCAGAUAUGCCAUCAAAGAAAUUACCAGUGAAUCAAUCUGCAUUGAAGGCCGCAUGGGAUGCCAGUCUGCGUCGUACCAAGGAAGAUUGGCAAGAAUGGAUUGGAAGAUUGUCUAAAGAAUUAUUGUUACAAAGUCCUUCUCAUGCUAUUAGGGCCUGUGCUGGUUUAGCAUCCGAUUAUUAUCCACUUGCAAAAGAUUUAUUCAAUGCUAGUUUUGCAAGUUGUUGGAGUGAAUUGUAUUCUCAACAUAAAGAAGAAUUAGUUCAAGCAUUAUGUAUUGCCCUUUCAUCACCAAGUAACCCACCUGAAAUUCAUCAAAUUUUAUUGAAUCUUGCCGAAUUUAUGGAACAUGAUGAUAAAUCAUUACCGAUUGCCAUUACAACAUUAGGUCAAUAUGCUCAACGUUGUCAUGCUUUUGCAAAGGCUUUACAUUAUAAGGAAUUAGAAUUCUAUGAAGAACCAACUACCCCUACAAUCGAAUCUUUAAUCAGUAUCAAUAAUCAAUUACAGCAAUCUGAUGCGGCUAUUGGAAUUUUAAAACAUGCUCAAUUACAUCAUGAUCUUCAAUUAAAGGAAACUUGGUAUGAGAAAUUACAACGUUGGGAAGAUGCAUUGAAAGCAUAUAAUGAAAGAGAAAAGCUUGAACCAAAUGAUAUGGAAAUUACUAUGGGUAAAAUGAGAUGCUUCCAUGCAUUGGGAGAAUGGGAACAACUUUCAGAAUUGGCCAGAAGUAAAUGGGAUAAUUCAUCAAGUGAUAUCAAGAGAAGUGUAGCUCCAUUGGCUGCCGCUGCGGCAUGGGGGUUAGGUCAAUGGGAUAGAAUGGAUUCAUGUAUCAAAGUCAUGAAACAGGAGUCACCGGAUAAAGCGUUCUUCAAUGCAAUUUUGAGUCUUCAUCGUAAUAAUUUUGAAGAUGCAUCCGAUCAUAUAUUAAAGGCUAGAGAUUUAUUAGUGACUGAAAUUACUGCGUUGGUGAGUGAAAGUUAUAAUAGGGCUUAUGGGGUUGUGGUUAGAGUUCAAAUGUUGGCAGAAUUAGAAGAAAUUAUUAAGUAUAAACGUUUACCCCAAGGAUCAGACAGGAGAGCUAUUAUGCGAAAGACUUGGAAUACGAGAUUGUUGGGAUGCCAGAGAAAUGUGGAUAUAUGGCAAAGAAUGUUAAAAGUACGUGCAUUAGUUAUCAAACCAAAGCAAGAUAUGGAUAUGUGGAUCAAAUUUGCCAAUCUUUGUAGAAAAUCAGGAAGACUCAAUUUAGCAGAAAAGUCAUUAAACUCAUUGUUGGAAGAAGGAUCACCUGAAAAUCCUUCUAGGGCUCCACCUCAAGUCGUUUAUGCACAAUUGAAAUACAUGUGGGCCAAGGGACAAAGACCAGAAGCAUUACGUCAUUUAAUUGAUUUCACAACCAGAAUGUCACAAGACCUUGGAUUGAAUCCUAAUGAUUUGAUAACUCAACCAUUACCAUCAGAAGGUCCAGGCAUUCCUAAGCAUGUUGAAGAAUAUACUAGACUUUUGGCUAGAUGCUUUUUGAAACAAGGUGAAUGGCAGAUUGCAUUGAAUAAUAAUUGGAGAACAGAAACUUCAGAAAUCAUUUUAGGUGCAUAUUUAUUGGCAACUCAUUUCGAUAAUAAAUGGUAUAAGGCAUGGCAUAAUUGGGCACUUGCAAAUUUCGAAGUUAUUUCAUUAUACACUAGUCAAAAUAAUGCCAACAAUAACAAAUUUGAAGUUCUUGAUCAGAAUGAAUCAACAAAUUCGAAAAAUAAUGAAGAUGGUGAACAAAGUCAACAACAAAGACAGCCUAGUCAACCUAAUAUCAUCCCAAUCGAAGCAGUUCAAAGACAUGUCAUUCCUUCUAUUAAAGGUUUCUUUCAUUCUAUUGCUUUGUCAUAUUCAAAUUCACUUCAAGAUAUGUUGAGAUUGCUCACAUUAUGGUUUAAGUUUGGUGGAAUCCCAGAAGCAGCACAAGCAAUGACCGAAGGGUUCAAUAUGGUCAAGAUUGACAAUUGGUUAGAAGUUGUUCCACAAUUGAUUUCUCGUAUUCAUCAACCAAAUCAAAUUGUUAGUAGAUCUUUGUUUGGAUUGUUAACUGAUUUAGGUAAAGCACAUCCACAAGCAUUGGUGUAUCCAUUAGCAGUUGCCAUUACUUCAGAGUCGGUAAGUCGUAAGAGAGCAGCUCAGUCAAUAAUUGAAAAGAUGAGAUUGCAUUCAGCAAGUUUGGUUGAUCAAGCAGAAUUAGUAAGUCAUGAACUUAUCAGAGUUGCUGUUCUUUGGCAUGAACAAUGGUAUGAAGGGUUAGAAGAUGCGUCGAGAUUAUUCUUUGGAGAACACAAUACCGAAAAGAUGUUUGAAGUUUUGGAGCCUCUUCAUCAAAUGUUACAAAAGGGACCUGAAACUAUGAGAGAACAAGCUUUUGCCAAUGCAUUUGGAAGAGAACUUGCAGAUGCGUAUGAAUGGGUAUUGAAUUUUAGAAGAACAAAGGAUAUUACUAAUUUGAAUCAAGCUUGGGAUAUUUAUUAUAAUGUGUUUAGAAGAAUUACUAGACAAUUACCACAAUUGGUUAGUCUUGAAUUACAAUUUGUUUCACCUAAUUUGGAAAAAGCUAGAGAUUUAGAAUUAGCAGUUCCCGGUACAUAUGAAGCUGGUAAACCUGUCAUUAGAAUUAUUAGAUUUGAUCCAACGUUUUCGGUUAUUACUUCUAAGCAAAGACCAAGAAAACUUGCAUGUCGAGGAAGUGAUGGUAAGGAUUAUCAAUAUGCAUUGAAGGGACAUGAAGAUAUUCGACAAGAUAAUUUAGUUAUGCAGUUAUUUGGUUUAGUCAAUACUUUAUUAGUCAAUGAUCCUGAAUGUUUCAAGAGACAUUUGGAUAUUCAACAAUAUCCAGCAAUUCCGUUAUCGCCAAAGGUUGGUUUGUUAGGUUGGGUUCCUAAUAGUGAUACUUUCCAUGUUUUAAUUAAAGGAUACAGAGAAUCCAGAAGUAUCAUGUUGAAUAUUGAACAUCGUCUUUUACUUCAAAUGGCACCUGAUUAUGAUAUUUUGACGUUAUUGCAAAAGGUUGAAGUCUUUACCAGUGCUUUGGAUAACACAAGAGGUCAAGAUUUGUAUAAGGUCUUGUGGUUGAAAUCAAAAUCUUCAGAAGCAUGGUUGGAUCGUCGUACUACUUAUACAAGAUCUUUGGCAGUUAUGUCUAUGGUUGGGUACAUUCUUGGUUUAGGUGAUAGACAUCCUUCGAAUUUGAUGUUGGAUAGAAUUACUGGUAAGGUUGUUCACAUUGAUUUUGGUGAUUGUUUCGAAGCAGCUAUUCUUCGAGAAAAAUAUCCCGAAAAGGUUCCAUUUAGAUUAACUAGAAUGUUGAAUUAUGCCAUGGAAGUAAGUGGUAUUGAGGGAUCAUUUCGAAUUACUUGUGAGCAUGUCAUGAGAGUGUUAAGAGACAAUAAGGAGUCCUUAAUGGCAAUUCUUGAAGCAUUUGCAUAUGAUCCAUUGAUUAAUUGGGGGUUCGAUUUCCCAACUAAAGCGGUCGCUGAAGCUACUGGUAUUAGAGUUCCUCAAGUCAAUACAGCAGAAUUAUUAAGACGAGGUCAAAUUGAUGAAAAGGAAGCAGCAAGAUUACAGAAGCAGAAUGAAUUAGAAAUUAGAAAUGCAAGAGCUGCUUUGGUUUUGAAGAGAAUUACGGAUAAGUUGACUGGUGAUGACAUUAAGAGACUUAGAGGAUUGGAUGUUCCUACUCAAGUGGAUAAAUUGAUUCAACAAGCCACUAGUGUAGAGAAUUUAUGUCAACAUUAUAUUGGUUGGUGUUCAUUCUGGUAG